AUGCAGUUAUGCUAUGAAUCCAUCAACAGUUCUUGCAUUAAAAACAGCUGGUCAAUUAGCAUGCAUAUUACCAUGUACACCUUCAUGUUAUGUGUGAUCCUGGCCACUGUAGCUGGCAACUUGACUGUCAUCAUCUCAAUAGCGCACUUCAAGCAACUCCACACACCCACCAAUUUCCUCAUCCUCUCUAUGGCCACUGUGGAUUUCCUCCUAGGAUUCUUUGUCAUGCCGUAUAGCAUGAUCAGGUCAGUGGAGAACUGCUGGUAUUUUGGAGAAUUCUUCUGCAAAUUCCACACUAGUGUCGAUAUCAUGCUGAGCACAGCAUCCAUCUUCCACUUGUCAUUUAUCUCUAUUGACCGCUACUAUUCUGUGUGUGACCCUCUGCGAUAUAAAGCAAAGAUAAACACUUGUGUUGUGUUAAUCAUGAUUGUUGUGAGUUGGAUAUUCUCUGCCAUGUUUGGCUUUGGACUGAUCUUCUUACAGUUGAACAUGAUCGGAGCAAAAGAGACAUUCUACAAACUCAUCUAUUGUGCGGGAGGCUGCUUUGUAUUCUUCAACGAAACUUCUGGGGUUGUGGCCUCUGUGGUUUCUUUUUACAUCCCCGGAUUUAUCAUGUUAUGUGUCUAUGGGAAGAUAUACAUUGUAGCCAGAAGGCAGGCCAUAGCCAUUAAAGCUGUUGCGAACCAAGUGCAAGUAAGAUUUGAAAUGGAGCAUCAGAUUUCACGUAGCAGAGAAAGAAAGGCUGCCAAGACUUUAGGUACAGUGGUCGGAGUUUUUCUCAUCUGUUGGUUCCCAUUCUUCUUCUGCACUGCCACAGAUCCCUUCAUGAAUUACACAACCCCGCCCAUUCUCAUUGAUGCACUGGUUUGGUUUGGUUACUUGAACUCUACAUUAAACCCCAUUCUUUAUGCAUAUUUUUACCUAUGGUUUCGAAAGGCCUUGAAGAUGAUUUUACUGGGGAAGGUUUUUCAGCAUGAUUCAUCCAGAACUCAACUACUUUCGGAGUGA